AUGAACGAUGAUAACACUACCCGAGCUAACAUUCGUUUAGAACUGCACACGCAGGACAUCCAGGACUCGCGAUGGAUUGGGGGUCCCCUCGUGCCGCUCAGCAACCUCCCCCACGAUGCGCCCAGGGGUCUGUCAGAAAGACUAGUCAGAGUUGUGUUGCAUCAGUCUCAGCCUCCAGGGGACUGGCCAUACCAGAGAAGCAUGGAAGACUACAGGCAAGCCAGCCAGACUUGGGAAACUCUACCACUCCUAACUCCGGAUGGGGAAUAUGAGGAACUGCAGCUCUCACGCCUACACCUCCUGGUAAAUGCGGCUAGUUAUGCAACACGACGGGAGAUUGAACAGCUGUCCCGGCUGCGGGAUCUCUCAGUCAAAAAACAGAAUGUCAAGCUCGGGUCCAUGGAGAGCUUAUGGCUUCUCCUUGGCUGUCGACCUCCACAUGCUCAGCGCACCCUACAACAUGCACAGACAUGCCUCACAUACGCACAUAUAGUCCACAACACUGUCACUGUGGCUUUGACACUUUUCAUGCAAAAAUGGGGUGAAUUAGAGUCAAAUCACAACUUUCAAAAACUGCGGACGUGGGAGACAAAGAAUUCGUCCGGAAACACCAUAGCAGGUCUGGAACUGACAGCGGAAGAGAGACAAGAGAUGAAUUUUUUGUCCAGGCAGUCCAAGCGAGUCUGGAAUGAAAUCGGUACGCAAGUCUCAGCACUUUGCACUGACCGUAAAACCCUUGGGGAUUUGGCCGAAAGUUGGUAUGUACAGACACAAGCCUGGUGCAGUUGGUACUGGUGGUCACUGCCUGAUCUUUGCUUUUCAAAUGACCUGGUUUCACCAGUGGAGAUCAAAAACGCUAAGUCUCAAGCGCCAGCAGCUAGACACUCUUUUCUGCGUAGGGGUAAUGAGGAGGACGGUCCACGUGAAGUGUUGUUGACCUGGCAGGAGGUAUCCAAGAGAACAUCUACCAUUUUGAGUCAAGUGGAGCGCCGGAUUAGAGAACAAUUACAUUCAUCCGACGAUGCCAACCUAAGACCUAUCAAACGUACCAACUCCCCGGUUAGAACGCUGGCCUCAGCCUCAGCUACCACACUUCCAGAGAUGUCAUUCCUGAAUGGUCAUGGUCCAGAUGUUUCCUCUUCUUGUCCUGCUCAGGAGUCUUACCCUGACAGUCAUCCGACUACGCCAUUGAACGCCCUAAAAAUGCAGGACACUGAUGUCGUUGCUAACGCUACGGAAUCUCCUUCUGUGGACCUCUCAAACGCACCAGAGAAGACAGUCCAUCAAGAUCAUGACUACAAAUGCGACUCAGACAGUCUGGAGACUGCUCCCUCCCAGCAGCUAAAUGGAGGUGAUGAGAGGGUAUUUUCGGGUCCUGAACACUAUGUGAUGUUUCUGCUCGAAGAGAACAGUCAAGAAGUUGCAGCAGAGAUCAACACUCAACACUUGGAGAGAAAUCUCGUGACAGAACAAAUAGUGCAAUGUUCCCCUGUCACACCCACACCAGUGGACAUCUGUACCACUCCUAGUCCUGACAGCACAGGGGGAACCGGAAUGAAGAGAGCAAUGAGGAGUAGCUGCAAGCUUGACCAAAGUCCGGCGGCGUCUCCCCUCAAUCAAGAUGCCGAAUUGGGAGCUUCCGAACACCCCAGGCAGAAGACAGGAGAAUCAAGCUCACCGGGAUCUCAAUCGAGCUUCCUUGCAACGUCAGAAACAUGUAUAGGGGAACUAGGACAUACAGAGAAGGGAGACGUUAGUGAUGCAGGGCAUGAGGUCCAGCGGUCACCCGCUCCCUCUUUGUGCCUCCAGGAAAUUCAAACCGACGACAACAAGGUGCUCACCCCCACACAGUCAGCUGAAGUGGGUGGCAGCUCCGUACCAUCAAUGCUGAGGUAUCCAACAGACUUACCUGCCGCUUCACAGAAGUCUCCAUUCGAGAUACCCGAAGCCUCUUUUACAAUUGAUGACAAUGUUCCAACUGAGCUGGUGUUCCGGGUCCCAAAGCACAGCUCAGAUUCCUCUACAGGACGACACCCACGCAGUCGUAGUGCCGAUCCCGAUCUAAGAGUGUCAAGACAAAGGACCAUGCCUUCUCGAGGCAGACCACACUCCAUCUGUGUACCCAAGAAUUGGCUCGAUGCCCCCUCGUCGGUUGGGAUGGGAGAUAGCCCGUCGGUGGAGGCGGCAGGAUGA